GAGGCGCGGCGGCGGCGGCGGCGGCGGCGCACAGCCUCCAGCGACGACCCAGACGGACCGGCGCCGCCGCAGUUAUAGGAAGGAUGUUACCUGUGAUGAUGAGAACGUUACUGCUGCUGCUCCUGCCCCUGAGUCAGGCUGCUCCCAAGGAUGGCACCAUGAGGUUGGACCCUGAAGCACAGCAUCUGCCUCUGCCCAACCCCUUCGAGCCAGGCCAGGAGCAACUUCGACUUUUACAGAGCUACCUAAAGGGACUAGAGAGGAUGGAAGAGGAGCCAGAGAACAUGAGCCGAGAGCAGGUUCUCCUCUACCUCUUUGCUCUCCACGACUACGACCAGAGUGGACAGCUGGAUGGCCUGGAGCUGCUGUCCAUGUUGACAGCCGCUCUGGCCCCUGGAGCUUCUGACUCUCCCACCACCAACCCGGUGAUCCUGGUAGUGGACAAGGUGCUGGAGACUCAGGACCUGAAUGGGGAUGGGCUUAUGACCCCUGCAGAGCUUGUCAACUUCCCUGGAGAGGCUCCAAGGCACACAGAGCCCAGAGAGCCUCCGGAGCCACAAGAUGUUGGGAUGCAGCCUCUGUUGGCUAAAAGCCCACUGAGACAAGACGCAUAUGAAGCUCUGAGUCCUGGAGAAGCAGCUGGAGGACAGGCAGAGACCAGAAUGGAGUUCUUGGAGCCUGUACAGGAGGCUGGGGGACAGGCUGAUGCUGUAAGAGAAGCCCCAGGCCCUGGAGGGCAGGUUGGGGGACAGGUAGAGACUGGGGACGCUGGAGGGAGAGCAGAAGAACUUCUAGGAGAAACACUGGGGUCUAAGAACGCCCCAAAUGAGCUUGAGAUUCAUGCUAUUCAACUGGAGAAUAGUGAGAUGUAAACCUUGAGGGUACAGGUUUGCACCACUAGAAGUCUCAGUGUUGGAACAUAAGCUCUAAGGGUAGGGUGUGUAUAUUAGGAUGACUACCACCUCUGUGCCCCCUCCUUGGCCCCAGUAGGUGGUAGGUCUUUCUGUGCAGUUCAGUUCAGUCUGUGCAGUUCAGGGAGACCCUAAGUUGAAGGGCAGCUUUAGGGACCAGAUGACCAAUAAAGAACUGAAUGAACCCAUCCCCCUGGGCCAUCGAUCCUCUGGCCCAGCAUGCCCUGGCCUCAGACUGCAGGGGUCAGGGACCAGACAGGCCUCUUGGGAGGGCAGGAAUUCAGUUUACCCAGUGUUCCCAGACGAGACACAGAAGAGUUCAGCACUAGGCCACAGCCAGCUGCAGACAACUGGGGAAGGGAGCCCAGCCUCUCCCCAGGGCCCAACCACCAACACACCCUCCUGUAUUCAGGGCAGGUCUGCUCCAUCACCCUGUAUCUGCUCCCCACCCCUGAAAAUAUUAAUAAUAACUGCCAUUUACAGAGUGCCUAGUGCACACCGGGCAUCGUGCUGGGCAUUUUAUAGAUGGUGAUUUCAUCCUCACCAUAAUUAUAUGACCAGAUGGAAUGAUCUCUAUUUGACAGAUAAGGAAAUUGGGGAAGAUGGAAUUCAGUAACAUACCCAAGGUGAAAGUGAAAAUCACUCAGUCGUGUCCUACUCCUUGCAACCCCAUACAGUCCAUGCAAUUCUCCAGGCCGGAAUACUGGAGUGGGUAGCCUUUCCCUUCUCCAGAGGAUCUUCCCAACCCAGGGAUUGAACCCAGGUCUCCUGCAUUGUGGGCGGAUUCUUUACCAGCUGAUCCAAAAGGGAAGCCCAAGAAUACUGGAGUGGGUAGCCUAUCCCUUUUCCAGGGGAUCUUCCCAACCCAGGGAUUGAACCCAGGUCUCCCGCAUUGCGGGCGGAUUCUUUACCAGCUGAGCCAAAAGGGAAGCCCAAGAAUAUUGGAGUGGGUAGCCUAUCCCUUUUCCAGGGGAUCUUCCCAACCCAGGAAUUGAACCGGGGUCUCCUGCGUUGCAGGCAGAUUCUUUACCAACUGAGCUAUCAGGGAAACCCAUACCUAAGGUGACGUAGGUAAUUAGUGGCUGAUUUGAAUUCAGGUCUGUCUGACUCUAAAACCCAUACCUUUGAUCACAUUCUAUGGCCUCACCCUGCUGCCCCAACUCCCACAUGGGCAUUUGCUGAUUCCCACAUGCCUUCAGUCUGGGUCUCUCCCAGGGAAGGCACCACUGUAUCCUGGGUCACAUUUGUGGCCGAGGCACCGUCUUGACUCCAAGGAAACUUCCAGAGUGGGGCUUCGGGGCAGUUACUGGGGAGAUAUUUUUGAAUUGCAGAGGCUCCACCAAACCACAGAGUAGGCUCCCUGCCUGCUGGCCUGUCAGGUUGGCUCAGCCACGUGGACGUGCCUGUGGCCACUGGAGUCUUGUGACAGCACCAGCACCCAGAGGAGCUUGUCUCAUGGCUUGUGGUUAUUGGGAAGGCUCCCUGGGGUGCAAGGGGUUAAGUCUCCCCUCCCACUAGGAAGGCUCCAAGUCAGGCCCUCUAUCCUUGCCUCCUGGGCACUGACACCCGUACUGGUAGCUGCUCUUCACCAGGAAGACCUGGGCCUCCAGCAAGGGCACAGCUCAUGGCAAGCCUGGGUCGCUUCCUGAUGCUCUGGUCUCUGCAGGCCCUCCUCUGGGCCUGGACAAGAGGUGAAUUUGGGGAAAUAGAGAAAAAGAGGGUGAAGGAUUGUUGGAUCAAAACCUCUGGAAUCCCCAGCCAGAGCAGCUCAGUCAUUGAAAACCCACAGACUGCCAGGAGGAAGCUGGCUCUGGGAAGAUUUAUUUGCUCUGCGACUCUGCCAAGUGAGAUGCCAGGUCACAGGUGGAGCCCUCCCACAGCCCAGAUCGGCCCAGGGAGAAGGGCAGCCCGAUGCCAGGCUGGCCGCAGAGGAGAAGGCAACAGGAGCCAGUGACGCCAGCCUGGGGCAGGGUGUGAGCCGGUGCCCACUGCCACAGGGCACUCAUACGAUGCCAUCAAAACCCUGCAGACCGCACUUCUUGCCAGCCACCUGGCAGCCGAACCUCAGAGCCUCCUGCAUGCUCUUCCCUAGAGAGAGGGACGAGUGGCCAGGUCAGCCGGGUCUUCCGGGCCCCAGCCCUGUGCCUCCUGCUGGGGUACUCACCCUGGGACAGGCUGAAGAUGACCGCUGCGUUGAAGGUGUCUCCGGCCCCCAGAGUGUCCACCACGUGGGGCGGUGGGAAAGCGUCGGAGUGGAGCAGCCGUCCAUCAGGGCCCAGCGCGUCGGCGCCCUCCUCCGCCCAGGCACACACCAGCGUGGCCCUGCGACACCCUCCACUCAGGGAGCUGUUAGCCCAGCCCUGGCCCCAGCCUUGUCCCCCUCCCAGGGCAGACCCUGGAUGCCAGGCUCCCUCACCCCUCACACCCACACCGGGGCGCGGCCUGGCUUCUGCGAGCUCACCCCUUCCUCACGCGGCUAUACAGGCCCCUCAGGGCCUCCUCUGCUGACCGGAACCCGAAGUGCUUGGCCACAUCUUUGCUGACAAACACCUGUGGGCAGUGGAAGACAGGCUGAUGGUCAUCUGAGCUCUAGCCCCAGCUGUCCCAUACCAGCAGCUGCCUGAUAUUGAUAUUAUAACGCUGCUCCUCCAACAUGGCCGCCUAAGCCCUCAGGUAGCGUCCCGCUGUACCUCACGAAAGGUUUUCUCACUCGCUCAAGAUAUGCUGGAAAGCAGCCAUGUAAGCUGUGACACAAAAGUCCCAGCCUAUUUGUUCUAAGAUCAACGAAUCUCCUCACAAUUGAAAACCCAGGGUGGGUCUUGAGCGCCAUCUUGGGGUGCAGUUUACCAUAAGCGGGUUAAAUCACGGCUCUGAGGAGGGUUUUGGUUUUGUUUGGCUUUCCUCC